GCGUGGUUUAUCCGCGUUCCUCAACUCGUUCUUCGGGUUGCAGGAGUGUACGACUGCCGCUCUGUAUCGUGGACCAGAGGAAAGAAAUGUAUCUGUUAUGCGCCACAGGAUCCAGAGGUCGAUACGUUAAUAGAGCCGGUAAACUGUCAUGAUUCCCAUCACUGAACUUCGGUACUUUGUUGACACACAGCCGGCAUACCGAAUUCUUAAACCAUGGUGGGACGUGUUCACAGACUACAUCUCCAUCGUAAUGCUGAUGAUUGCAGUUUUUGGUGGCACGCUGCAGGUCACGCAGGACAAAAUGAUUUGCCUGCCAUGCAAAUGGGUCGUGAACCAGACCUGCCAACAACUCAACGCCAGCGUGCCACUCGAUCCUGAACCGACGGGCAUCAAAUAUGACCUCGACAGACACCAGUAUAACUAUGUGGAUGCUGUAUGUUACGAAAACAAGCUCCACUGGUUUGCAAAGUAUUUCCCGUAUCUGGUGUUGCUCCACACACUCAUUUUUCUAGCGUGUAGUAACUUCUGGUUUAAGUUUCCAAGGACCAGUUCGAAGCUGGAGCAUUUUGUGUCGAUCCUGCUGAAAUGUUUUGACUCCCCGUGGACAACGAGAGCACUGUCUGAAACCGUGGUGGAGGAGAGUGACCCAAAACCGGCAGGGAAGAUGAACGGGUCGAUGGAAAAAAAAACGUUGAGUGUCAUUGACCAGGAUGUGGAGGCAAGCGUUCCGAUGCUGCAAAGAACCAAGUCUCGGAUUGAACAGGGCAUCGUGGACCGCUCCGAGACGGGUGUCUUGGAUAAGAAAGAGGGCGAGCAGGCCAAAGCUCUGUUUGAGAAGGUGAAGAAAUUCCGUAUCCACGUUGAAGAGGGAGACAUCGUACACCAUCUUUACAUCCGCCAAACAAUCAUCAAAGUCAUCCAAUUCGUCUUUAUCAUCAGCUACACUUUGUACUACGUUCGUUACAUUAAGUUUAGCGUAAAGUGUACCGUGGACAUCAAGCGGUUGACCGGUUAUAGCAUGUACCACUGUGCUCAUCCGCUCGCGACUCUUUUUAAGAUCCUGGCCUGCUUCUACAUCAGUCUAGUGAUGGUGUACGGCCUCAUUUGCAUGUACACGCUCUACUGGAUAAUUAGCAGCUCGCUAAGACGCUACUCUUUCGAGUCGAUCCGCGAGGAGAGCAGGUAUAGCGACAUCCCCGACGUGAAGAACGACUUUGCCUUCAUGCUGCACAUGAUUGAUCAGUACGACCCGCUGUACUCGAAGCGAUUCGCUGUGUUCCUGUCAGAAGUUAGCGAAAACAAACUGCGACAGCUGAACUUGAAUAACGAGUGGACUCUGGAGAAAAUCCGGCAGAGAAUCACCAAGAACUCGCAAGAGAAACUCGAGCUGCACCUCUUCAUGCUGAGCGGGAUCCCGGAUACAGUGUUUGACCUGCUGGAAUUGGAGGUGCUGAAAUUGGAACUGAUUCCUGAUGUAACGAUUCCACCCAUCAUCGCUCAGCUGUCCAGCCUGGUGGAGUUGUGGCUUUACCACACACCGGCCAAAAUCGAGGCUCCUGCUCUGGCCUUCCUGCGGGAGAACCUCAAAUCACUACACAUAAAGUUCACGGACAUUAAAGAGAUUCCACUGUGGAUCUACAGCCUGAAGAACCUCAGCGAGCUCCAUCUGACAGGAAACCUCAGUGCAGAGAACAACCGAUACAUCGUCAUCGACGGCCUAAGAGAGCUCAAGAGGCUUAAAGUCCUGCGGCUGAAGAGCAAUCUCACAAAAUUGCCUCAGAUGGUGACAGAUGUUGGCGUGCACCUGCAGAAACUCUCCAUCAAUAACGAAGGGACCAAACUGAUGGUUCUGAACAGUCUGAAGAAGAUGGUGAACCUGACGGAGCUUGAGCUGGUGCGCUGCGAUCUAGAGAGGAUCCCUCACUCCAUAUUCAGCCUUCACAAUCUACAGGAGAUUGAUCUGAAGGACAACAACUUGAAGACCAUCGAGGAGAUCAUCAGCUUCCAGCAUCUCCACAGACUGGUGUGUCUGAAACUCUGGUACAACCAGAUCGCCUACAUUCCCAUCCAGAUCGGCACCCUCACCAACCUGGAGCGACUCUACCUGAACCGAAACAAGAUUGAGAUGAUCCCAGCACAGCUGUUCUUCUGCAGGAAGCUCCGUUACCUGGACCUCAGUCACAACAACCUGACCAGCAUCCCUCCAGACAUCGGCUUCCUGCAGAAUCUGCAGUACUUUGCAGUUACUGCAAACAGAAUUGAGACAUUGCCUCCUGAGUUGUUCCAGUGUAAAAAGCUGCGGACGCUAAAUCUUGGAAAUAACUGCCUUACGGCGUUGCCUUCACGUUUCGGGGAGUUGACGGGUCUGACGCAGCUGGAGCUUCGCGGAAACCGGCUGGAGGGGUUACCGGUGGAGCUCUCCGAAUGUCACCUUCUCAAACGCUCCGGGCUGAUCGUUGAGGAAGAUCUAUUCAAUACUCUACCACCGGAGUUCAAAGAUCAGCUCUGGAAAACCGACAAAGAACAAGCCUGAG